UAGCUAUGCAGCACAGGUAACAUGAGUCUAACGAUAGCUAGCUUGGUACGUAGCUAUGCAGCACAGGUAACAUGAGUCUACUAUGCAGCACAGGUAACAUGAGUCUAACGAUAGCUAGCUUGGUACGUAGCUAUGCAGCACAGGUAACAUGAGUCUAACGAUAGCUAGCUUGGUACGUAGCUAUGCAGCACAGGUAACAUGAGUCUACUAUGCAGCACAGGUAACAUAAGUCUAACGAUAGCUAGCUUGAUAUGUAGCUAUGCAGCACAGGUAACAUGAGUCUAACGAUAGCUAGCUUGGUAUGUAGCUAUGCAAUUUCAAUUUUCAAUUUAAUUUCACUUCUGGAGUGCCAAAACAUUACACACGUCUGAUAGCGCUUUGCAGAGUGUUAAACAUUCAGAAAGAGAUGCACAUAGGAAAAAACCUCAGACAGAUCCAAGACUCAAGGGCCCAACCCAUCUGCCUUGGGUCAGUUACAGUAGAGUAAGGUCAUUUGUAGUGUCAGAAAGUUCAAAUAGUCCAGUGUAGGGAAUGAGACAACACACACUCACAUGUUGAUUGUUUCGGUAGGCACUGCACAGAUGCCCACUCCGUCCCUUAAGGCCUCCAUGUCUGUGGUCCAACCUGGAGAUGACAUCAUCCUCACAUGCUCCAGAACUCCGAACACAUGCGCCACCAGAGAACUGCAGAUGUAUAAGAAUGGAGCUGCUGUAAGUGCUGGUGUCCAGCAAGACAGUGUGGUGCUCCGUUUGAGCAUCAGCAGCAGCCGAGACCAGGCCAACUACUCAUGUGGCUAUCCAGAGGGAGUAGCCAACGCUCCAGUCAGCAGCACCAUUCAAAUCACUGUGGCAGCAAACCUUUUGAAGACUCCAUUCUCAUCAAUUCCCUGGCUCCUCUACCUGCUGGUUGCAGGUGGCCUGGUCCUCCUCCUCCUCAGCAUCUUUCUAGUGUGGAGAUGUUGCCUUGGCAACAGACGCAAGAAAGGCAGCAGGGCUGCUGAUAACGUCCUUUACAAGGCACAAAGCUACAGGAGGAGCGAGGACAGCGCAGAGGCACUCAAGGAUGACGAGAGAGACUACGAGUCCGUGGAUGAUGAAGAUGAGGGAGACUACGUCAACACAGAGACUCUGGGGGGCAGAGAGCAGAGUUCGGCAGAAGAGGAAGACUACGUCAACACAGAGACUCUGGGUGGGUGGAGGACUAUUAACUGUUGAACAAUUUGACACAAAAUGGACUUGGCAAUGCUGCCAGAAAACCUCGGAAAGAUUUUUCUAUGUGUGUGCUUGUAUACCAUACUCUGAUUGAGUAAAACAUGUUUGAAAUAAAGGAUGGCAAGAGAUGGUAAAAGAGUUUAACCAAAACAUAUCAAACUGUAUUCUGACUGAAAGUGUAUCUUGUUUGGAUACUUCUGCUGUGCUAUGCUCCACUAUGCGCUAUACAAAGUAUAACAUUGCUGAGCACAAAAGAAUUCUUGAUACUCGUGAAGGUCAUGUUGAAGUAUAACUCUGCAUACGGUAUAAUCAUGUUUUAGAACUCUGCUCUAAGUAUAAUCAAGUUUGAAUAUAAAACCUGUAAGCAUCCUUGUAUACAUAUACGUAGGGUUGUGUACAGUAAGAAUUGGCUGCAAAACAAAGUGCUUGUGUGAACAUUUGUGGGUAAAGCUGUUCGCCAUAUACAAGCCUUUCCGUAAAUGAGGUGGUGAAAGACACACAAAAGAGCUUCUCCGAAUUUGUAUCUUGGAAUAUUUUACCAAUUUUCUUUCUUUCAUAACCUGUACCUUUUUUUUUAUUUCCUUUUUUAUUAUUCUAAAUAUUACAUGUAAUCGUUGGUAUCUUUUUGUACUCCUUUUUUGCUCAUAGAAAAUAAACUACCUCCAGUAGGAAUAGUUCAAAGACUUCUUGUCAGGUUGCUCUGUAAAGAGGAAGUUCUUCCUCCUGGUUUGACUAAAAUAACUAAGUAAAUAAAUAAGUCU